AUGAAGAAUCACACAUUGCUGAAUGAGUUCAUUCUACGGGGAAUACCUCAGACAGAGGGACUGGAGGCUGUACGCUGUGCUGUCUUCUCAUUCAUCUACCUCUUCAACCUACUUGGAAACUUACUCAUCCUUGUAGCAAUUGUUUCUUCCUCUACCCUUCACAUGCCUAUGUAUUUCUUCUUGGGACUCCUGUCUAUUUUUGACAUAUUGUUCCCAUCUGUAACAUGUCCCAAGAUGCUAUUGUAUCUCUCUGGCCAGAGCCCAGUCAUUUCUUACAAGGGAUGUGCUUCACAGCUCUACUUCUAUCACUUAUUGGGUUCUGCUGAAGGCUGCCUCUAUUCUGUAAUGUCCUGUGAUCGCUUUGUUGCCAUAUGUCACCCACUGAGGUAUAUGCUCAUCAUGAAGCCUGGAGUCUGUGUCAGCCUGGUCGUGGUAGCCGGGUUGGUGGGUUGUCUUCAUGCCACCAUUCUGACCUCCUUUACCUUUCAGUUGUCCUACUGUGGCCCCAAUCAGGUGGACUACUUCUGUGACAUUCCUGCUGUUUUACCCCUGGCUUGCACUGACAGUGCCCUGGCCCAGAGGGUGGGUUCCAUAAAUGUUGGCUUUCUGGCUUUAACACUUUUGAUCAGUAUCUGUGUCUGCUACACUCUCACUGGGAUUACCAUAUUGAGAAUCCGUUCAGCAGAGGGCAGGCAGAAAGCCUUCUCCACCUGCAGUGCUCACCUCAUUGCAAUCCUCUGUGCCUAUGGACCUGUAAUCAUCAUCUAUCUGAAGUCCACACCCUACCCCUUGCUUGGUGCCAUGGUGCAAAUAUUAAAUAAUAUUGUCUCACCCAUGCUGAACUCGUUAAUCUAUUCCUUAAGGAACAAGGAAGUGAAAAGGUCCCUGAAAAGAGUAUUCCGAAAUGUUUUACUUACUGUCUGUGAAUAA